AACUUUGGAAAGGCUGCAAGGCCGGGAAGCGAGCCAGGCCUCUAGAAAUAAGAGGGUUUGGGGCGGACUUUGCUUCCUUAAUAUUGAGCUCACAACGGGACUCGCCCAUCCACACUCCCUUCCGGAAACCUCGCUGGUCAAGUUUAAAAGCGGUGCUCAGCUUCUGAGAAGGAAAGCUUCUGCUUGAGCCGAUCAACAGCAGCCAGGGACGGACGCGUGGAAGAUGGGAGUCACGCUGGGCUACUGGGAUAUCCGUGGGCUUGCCCAUUCAAUCAGGUUGCUCCUAGAAUACACAGAUACCCCAUAUGAGGACAAGCAGUACAGUGCUGGAGACGCUCCUGAGUUUGACAGAAGUCAGUGGACUAGUGUGAAGGAGAAGCUGGGCUUGGACUUCCCAAAUCUCCCAUAUCUAAUUGAUGGCAAGACAAAGAUUACACAGAGUAAUGCCAUCCUGCGAUACAUUGCGCGGAAGCACAAGAUGUGUGGUGACAGUGAAGAAGAAAUUAUCAGAGUGGAUAUGCUUGAAAACCAAGUCAUGGAUUUCCGAAUGAACUUUGCAAAACUCUGCUACGGUCCAGAUUUUGAGCAACUGAAGCCUGAGUAUUUGGAGCAGCUACCUGGGAAAAUAAAGCUCUUCUCCCAGUUUUUGGGAGACAGGAAUUGGUUUGCAGGAAAGAAGAUCACCUAUGCAGAUUUCCUUGCAUAUGAUGUCUUGGAUCAGCACCAGAUGUUUGAGCCAAAAUGCUUGGAGCAGUUCCCAAAUCUAAAGGAUUUCAUUGAGCGCUUUGAGGCUUUGGAGAAGAUUUCUGCCUACAUGAAAUCUGGCUGUUACAUGAAGACUCCCGUCUUCUGGAGAGUUGCUAAGUGGAGCAAUAAAAAGGAGUAGAUGAGGCCAUGAACCUUAACAGCCUGACACUUCUAGAUGGGGGAUCUAUUAUCAAUUAUGGCUUCUGAACGAUUCACACUCAUUUCUUGCUUUUGUUAUGCUGUGACUCUUAAUCCCAAAUAUGUUCAAAGAUAGUAGCUAAUAAAAAUGGUUGUUUACUGAAAAA